AUGGGGCCGUGCCUUCAGCACGUGCCUGUGCCAACAGCCCCUCUCAUGCGACCAAUGCCGGUGCCUAUGCAGCAGAUGCCAACCAUGCAACCGCAGAUGGGACCUGUGCCGAUGAUGGGUUUCCAGCAGCAGAGCAUGCAGAUGGGUUCUGUGUGGCCCCAGCAAUGUUCGCCUGGUUCGCCUGGGAUGUCUACAUCUCCGCAGAUGGGGGUCCCUGUGAUGACAGGCCCUGUAAUGCAGGGUUGCCUUCCACGCCUGCCCGGUUCUGCUGCUGGGUCUCAGCCGCACGGUGUGUCACCAGCAAUGCCGACAACGAGACUCCCCACGCCGGAGAGUGCAUCUAUUGACGCGAUGUACGACUGCCUGAAAGUCUUGGUUGGAUGUCAGGGUGGAGCUCAGCUGCCAGAGGACUUGAUGCUGAAGUACGAGGAUUUGCUGGUACACUGUGCCAAGGCCAGGGCAGGAUCAUCGCCUGUGGCGCAGUCGCACCCGGUGGCGCAGGUGGAGCAGCCGGCCCAGAGAAUGGAGCAGGUGGUCGAGCAGCCUGCCCAGCAGGGGUGUGAGAGAAAUGCGGAUGGCAAGGAUGUGGUGAUCGAUGUGGAGCCGGCUCAGCCGAAAGCUGUGCCAGAAGAGAGGCUGUCAGUGACGACGACAUCCCCAUCGCCGUCCCCGGACAAGGAUGCAGCAAGUGGCCACCGAAACGGUGGGGACACAGCGAAUGCAGUGGAGAAGGUGAACUCCAAGUCGCAUCCAGAGGCAUGGGGAGCCCUCUACCGAUAUGUUGCUGGGAAGUCCAGCAAAAACAAGGCUCGCCUGGAAGCUGUGUUCAAGCUCCGCCAGAUGAGCCGUGACUGGCGCAAGACCCUCCAGGGAUUCGAGUGGUUGACAGCAGAUGACAUGAAGCAGUUGGGCUGGAAAAAAAUCCUCGGGGCCAUAGCCCACUGUGAAAAGAAAAAGCUCUACAAGAAGUGCCCGUACGAGAAUAUUCGCAAAUACUUAGUCCUCACAUCUGACAAGGUGGAGCAAGGUGCAGAAAGGAUGCAAGAACUGGAGGCCAUAUUGGAAGACUGUGGCACUUUCAACGAGAACUUCGACAUGACCCUUGGGAUUGGCGACCUCAUGCUCGAGGAAGAGGAUGAUCGUCAGGAGGGUAAGCCGAAGCCGAAGUUGGUGGGCGCUCUGCCGGAGGUCGAAGGUGAAGAGUCGGUCACAGACUACUUGUCUAAGUUCAAGCGGGCAUGCCUUGGCAAGAAGCAGCAGCACCGAGACAUCCUGGAGAGAUUGAAGGAUGACAAGGUCACGGGCCACGAGUCCAAGGCGGAUUUCGUUGACAUCACGGACAAGAUCAAGGAAGCGCUUCUUGUGUCGAGUAUUCUUGCCUAUGCAGUAAAUGUGUCGCAGCCGAAGCAAAAGGCCAAGGGAAAAGCAAAGGCAAAGGCCAAAGACGAGGAUGAUGAUCAGGACGGUGCCCGGGUCGUUCAGAAUGUCCUCAAGACCUACAUUGCUCCUCGGCAUUACAUGCUGAAGCAAACAGCAGCAGAUGGGGAUGCGUGGAAGAACACAUACAUCCAGCUGGGAUUGGCACACAACUCCACGAGUGACAAGGAGACAGUGUUUCUGGGAAACGUGCAGGCUCUGGGCUUCACGCUAGAGACACAAGUGCAAAUGAAGACUGUGGAAUUUCCGGGUGGCCCGAGGGCUCACCCUGUUCUGCCGAUGAAGCAGCUGGCGACAGAGAUUCUCCGAGAUUAUCCGAAAUUGCUAUUGUUUGGGCAUGAGUAUACGGAUUUGGUGAGAGUGGAGACGGAAUUGGCACAAUUCUGGGCCCGGUUCCGCAGCACCUGGCCUGACCAUGAUGUUUUUAUUACUCACGGAGACCAUUUGCAAAGAUGCAUACCAAUCAGAACACAUGCUGAUGAAGGCACCAGUUUCCGGCGAGCUGGAAUCUAUCAACAAAGCUGGGGCCCUAUUAUGAAAGCAGGGCUGAGGAGUUCACUGCAUUGCUUCUUUUACGCGGCAAUGCUGGCUGAUGACUACAAGGAUGCAACCAGGGAUGACCACGCUGGCUUUGGGCAAGGCAACAAAACCCUGGAUGGCCUUCUGAGGCACUUCGUGCAGGAUGCAAGAGACUGCUACUACAAUGGCGUUUGUUCGAGAAAUGGGAAAUUCUACCUUGUGCUGCUCCGUCUUGAAGGAGAUUUGCCAGCCCAGGCAAAGCUGGCACAUUCAGGCCGCAGCUUUACGAAUGACCCGAACCCGAUGUGCCCGUGGUGCUUAGCGGAUGGAAGGGAAAUGCCAUUCGGGGACUUCCGCCGGAAUGCCAAGUGGCGCUCGACGAUUGCAACCUCACCUCCUUGGAAGACAUCGAGUCCUUUGCAUGAUCUGCCGGGAGGUGAAGAUGACAGAUUCCUGGCCAAGGAUUUGUUCCACAUAACCCACUUGGGUAUAGCGAGGACCUGUGUUGCAUCUGUGAUAUGCUUUUUGAUUGCGAUUGGUGGGCACUUCCACCCCAGUGAGGGUGGUACGUCGGUGCCGGCAUGCUUGAAAGAGGCCUACAAAACCUUCGCUUUCUUUUGCAAGAGCAUCCUACACGAGACACCGGAUGUCAAGACCUUCUCACGAGACAACCUGGGCUGGCAGUCUCUAGCGAAGAUGCCGGAAGCUUCGUGGAAGGGCUCUGAUAUCCGCUUGCUCACGAAAUGGCUGGUGGACUAUCUGUCGAGGCCCUGGCUAUUCGAUGAGGUCACUGUGCAUGUGUACGAUUUUCUUACAGCGCUCGACGACUUUCAUCACCUGUGUUAUGUGGAUUCGAAUCGGGUGUGGAUGGACAAUGCACAGAUGCGGACUGGACGAUCGCUCCUCGGCCGUUUUUUUGCAAGCUAUGCGAAGGCUGCUCAGAUGUGCCAUGCUCGAAGGUGGUUGUUCUUUAACAUCACCCCGAAAUAUCACUAUCUGCUGCACAUCGAGCAUGAUCUCGCACUGUCGAAGUGCCACACCUGGGGCUUCAAUCCUGCGUGUUUCGCAACGCAAAUGGAUGAAGACUAUAUGGGGGUCUCUUCUCGAAUGAGUCGUUGUGCUCACCCUCUGGGAGCUGCAAAGCGCACGGCUCAGAGAUGGCUCAUAUAUUCUUGGCUCCAGUGGAAGCCUUGGAGAUUUCAUCUCUGA